GUGCAAUGUCUUGAGAUUCAUUGAAUUUACGGACCGUUACCAAUCUGAAUAGUGAUUGAUAUUCAGACCGAAAUCCGUCUGAAAAUAAGGGUCAGAGAUUCCUUGAACCGAUGAGACAUUGGGUCCCACUGUUAGACUUAUAUGGACCAAGAUCAGUCCGUAUAAUGUCCCCUAUGCCCUUUAUCCUCUCGGCACCCGUCCCCUCACCCGUCCCCUCACCUUCUGCAUUGCAUCUGCGAUUUUCCUCUGUUUUUUCUUCCUUUUUUCUUCCUUUGUGCCACAAGCUUCUCCUCCUCCAAUCUCUGGCCAACCACUGUAAUAUCCCAAAAUUUUGUGGUAUUUUAGCAUUAAGUAAGGGACUUAUUUGAGGAAAAAUAUUGUUUUGGGGCUUAAUAGUCAAAUUUCAAAAGUUGAGGGACUAAAAAGAAAGGAAAUUUAGGAUAAGGAUCAAGCUGAUUUUCUUCUUUUUUCUUCCAGCCACUUUUCGGGUAAUGCUUAUCUUCUUCCUCUCGACUCCCCCCUGUAUCCCGAAGCCCCCAAGCUUGUCGACCUGCAUGCUUGAAAAAAAAAAAUUUUGGAAAAAGGGCUUGAAAUUCCUCUUCCUUUCUUGUUCAAUCACAAGGUUUGGGGCUUAGAAUCUUCCCUCUCAACCCAGAAAAUCCCGGAUCUGCUCUGCUUUUCUCCCCUGUCCGCCGGCUGCUAUGUGGGUUUGAAUUUCUGGGCAUUUUUCGGAUAAGCCACAGCCAAGAAAUCAUCUCCUUAGCCUUGAUUUAACUUGGGUUACUCUAAUUUUGGUUGUGGUUCUUGAAUUUUGGGUAGUUUCCGUGAGUUUCCCCUGCAGAUGCCGCCGGCUUCUUCUCCCUGCUAGCUCCGGUUUGCUUGCUGGAAUUCUGGUAAGUGGCCGCCCAUUGAGUCCAAAAUUACCCAUUUAAUUGCUAGGUUUUGUCCAUUUAGUUGAUGCUCUGUGAUUGUCCGAAAACUUUGUGGAAAUAGGAAGAAAUUCGGUAGCCUCCAAGCAUGAGUUUUAUUUAGUUCAUCUAGAAGUUGUGAGGUUAAUUGUGGAAAUCCCAUGAAUUUCCAUUGUUUUGCCAAAACUGAUUCCUCCAUGUGCUGCCCAUGGGUUGUCCGAAAUCUGCUGGAAUAUGGGGGGAAUUUGGUAGCCUUUUUGACAUGUUGUCUUUUAGCUUAAUUUAUGUAAAAUUAGCCUGAAUUGGGUUGUUGUGAUUUUGGAGAAAAAUCCCGUGAAAUCAGCUAUUGUUUUGCCCAAAAUUUUCAAGUUAUAGCCACUGUUCAUUGCGAAUCACUGUUCACGGGUACUGUUCACACACCGAGGGUCAACAAUUAACGGGGAUUUAAAUGUUUAGUUCGUAAUAUAAGAACAAAUUUGGAGAUGUCCGAUCAUGUGGAAAUUGAUAGAAAUAGCACUGUGAUUAAGGGUAGUGCUAAUGAUGAUUUCAAUGUGAAUUUAUGGUAGUGCAGUAUUAAUUCUUGGGUAUUUUGAUUAGGUUCCUGAUCAUUCUGUCUGUUUAGCACUAAGAUCGAGUUUUCGGUUUUAUGCGAGUGAGGUAAGUAAAUUAUGGUAAAGCCU